AUUCGAGUAGUGAAGAUGAAGAGGAUCAGAAGGGAUCUGAAGAAGAAGCAGAUCCUUCAGAUUCGAGCAGUGAAGAUGAGGAGGACAUCGCAGAUCGUUCCAAUCACAUAAUGAGCCUUUAUACCCCACAUAUGGUCCGAAAAAUCCAGGAAUUGCCCUUACCUCCAAUGAUGAAAAAAUAUCUUAAUUAUAACAGAGAUAUGAACUUUGAAGAUGAUGAAUAAGUUUAAUCUUUGUAAAGUUAAAAGUUAUUAUGUAUUUCUAGUAUAUAGUAUACUAGUAUUACAUAAACCUUAAUCUGUUAAUUAAGUUACUAUUAGGAUACUUUAGGAUUGUCUGUUGAAAUAGUGGUGAUCAAACAGGUUAUUUAAGUAUUAUGUUCUUUGUAAGCAAGUGAUUUGAAUUUCAAUUAAACUAGUUGAAAGUGA